AUGGGGGUUGUUAGGGUUCUCUCCCUCUUUCUUUCUCUAUAUGUGCUUCUUCUCAUCGAUGUAUCCACUGCCCAGAUGCCAGGUUUUGUGAGUCUGGACUGUGGAGGUAAGAAUAACUUUACUGAUGAACUAGGUCUUGAAUGGACCCCAGAUAAUCAGAUGAUCAAAGGAGAAACAGCAAACAUAUCUGUGGCAAAUGAAACGAGAACACAAUAUAGGACUGUGAGAUAUUUCCCAGCUGAUAACAAUAAGUAUUGCUACACACUCAGUGUUAUUAGCAGGACCAGGUACCUUGUAAGAGCGACUUUCUUGUAUGGUGACUUCGAUAAGAAUGAAGUAUAUCCAAAGUUCGACAUUUCCCUCGGACCAACUCAUUGGGCUACAAUUGUCAUUUCCGAUGCUAAUACGAUGGAGUCUCAAGAGUUAAUAUUUCUGGCCAAGGAUCCCACCAUCAGCAUUUGUUUGUCCAAUGCUACAACUGGACAACCUUUUAUAUCUACCCUCGAGCUUCGGCAAUUUAAUGGUUCCGUCUAUAUGAACCAAUUUGAGAACGAGUUCUUCCUUAGUGUAUCAGCAAGAAUAAACUUUGGUGCAGAAAGUGAUGCUCCAGUCAGGUUUCCGGACGACCCAUUUGAUAGAAUAUGGGAGUCUGACUCUGUAAAGAAAGCCAACUACCUAGUUGAUGUUGCUUCUGGAACUGAAAAAAUAUCUACCAACAAGCCAAUUGAUGUUAGCAAUAACGAAAGACCGCCUCAGAAGGUGAUGCAGACGGCUGUAGUUGGCAGAGAUGGAUUAUUGACAUACCGAUUGAACCUGGAUGGUUUUCCAGGUUUUGGCUGGGCAUUCUCCUAUUUUGCAGAAAUUGAAGAUUUGAGUAGAAGUGAUAUUAGAAAAUUUAGGUUGUUACUGCCUGGAGCGCCCGAUCUCAGCAUGGCAGCCGUAAAUAUCCAAGAGAACGCCCAAGGAAAUUAUCGUCUAUACGAGCCAGGAUAUGACAACAUAUCUCUCCCAUUUGUGCUGUCAUUUAAAUUUGGGAAGACAUCUGAUUCUACUAUGGGCCCUCUCUUGAAUGCUAUGGAAAUAAACAAGUAUCUGAAAAGGACUGAUGGCUCUCUAGAUGGACCAGUUAUUGCGGCUGUAGCCUCUGCUUAUUCAUGGGCGGAGUGGGCAAAAGAAGGUGGUGACCCAUGCCUUCCAAUUCCAUGGUCUUGGGUUAAAUGUAAUUCAGAUCCCCAACCGAGGAUAGUAUCAAUUAAAUUGUCUGGGAAGAAUUUGACUGGGGGAAUUCCUUCGGCUUUGACGAAGUUGAGCAGUUUAGUGGAGUUAUGGCUUGAUGAGAAUUCACUGUCUGGUUCAAUUCCUGAUUUUUCUGGAUGCUCAAACUUGAAAAAAUUACAUCUUGAAAAUAAUCAAUUGACUGGAGAGCUACCUUCCUCCUUGGCAGAUCUACCACAUUUGAAUGAAUUGUAUGUUCAGAACAAUAUGUUGUCUGGAAGAGUGCCAUCUGGACUUCUUGAUAAUGAUCUGAUUUUAAACUUUACAGGAAACACAAAUCUUCGCAAAGGGGACAGCGGAGGGCACCGCAAGAAAAUUAUUAUAGGAUCAUCAGUAGGUGCUGCAGUUCUGCUCAUUGUUACUAUUACCUCUUGCAUCCUACUGCCCAAGGGAAAAAAGAUGACUCGUAAACGAGAUAAACUGCUCGGUCCUUCCUUCGAUGGUGCGGGCACAGAAGCUGCACAUUACUUCACAUUAUCUGAGCUUGAAGAUGCCACAAAUAACUUCGAGAGAAAAGUUGGCUCGGGAGGCUUUGGAAUUGUUUAUUAUGGGAAAUUGAAAAACGGAAAUGAAAUUGCAGUCAAAGUUCUGACUAAUGAUUCCUUCCAGGGAAAACGAGAAUUUUCAAAUGAGGUGGCUCUUCUUUCAAGGAUCCAUCACAGAAAUCUAUUACAUUUUCUUGGAUAUUGCCAGGAUGGAAAAGAUAUUCUUGUAUACGAGUUCAUGCAUAAUGGGACACUAAAGGAACACCUAUAUGGGCCUUUGACACGCGAAAGAGGUAUUAGUUGGAUCAAGCGCCUUGAGAUUGCUGAUGAUGCUGCAAAAGGAAUUGAGUACCUUCAUACUGGUUGUGUUCCAUCAAUCAUCCACCGGGAUUUGAAAACAAGUAAUAUCCUUCUUGACAAGAACAUGAGAGCUAAGGUUUCAGAUUUUGGUCUUUCAAAACUUGCAGUAGAUGGAGCUUCCCAUGUCUCAAGCAUAGUUCGAGGAACUGUCGGUUAUCUGGAUCCUGAGUAUUAUAUCUCCCAGCAGUUAACGGAUAAAAGCGAUGUCUACAGCUUCGGGGUCAUUCUCCUUGAGCUAAUAUCUGGUCAAGAAGCAAUUUCUAAUGUAAACUUUGGAGUUAAUUGCCGUAAUAUCGUCCAAUGGGCGAAGUUACACAUCGAGAGCGGGGACAUACAGGGAAUCAUCGACCCCACAUUACGCGAAUAUGACAUCCAGUCUAUAUGGAAAAUAGCCGAGAAGGCAAUGAUGUGCAUUCAACCUCACGGUAGCAUGAGGCCAUCAAUGUCUGAAGUUAUCAAGGAGAUUCAAGAUGCCAUUGCAAUUGAAAGAGGAGCAGCCGCUAAACAAGGUAGUUCGGAUGAGAUCUCUAGGCAUUCCGUUCAUUCGUAUCUGAAUAUGGGAUCACUCGAACUCAGUGCCAGUGAGCAUUAUCUGGCUAUUGAUGAGUCUAUCACGCAGCCAGCUGCUCGCUGCUACAGUUUGCAGCAGCGGCAACGUCGACGCUGCCCAGUUCGCGGCAGUGUCGAUUUGUCGUUUGCGAUGCAGCACGCAGCAGAUUCGUUGGAGGUUUUUAUCGCAGCAGAUCCGUCGCGAACGAUAGACCAAAUCCCAUUCCCAGUCUCUCAUCUCAAUCGUCUCCUCUCUGCCCAUUUCUCCACCCUCCGAUCUCCCAAUUCACUCUCCUCUUCUCCCUCCCAAAUACAAAUACUCCCUCUUAUUCCAGUCCAGGGCUUUGGAGGCAUGGCGGAUGCUGGCAUGCAGGGAUUGCUGCCGGGCAGCCCUGACGGCGGCAGCCAUGAAAGUGGUGGGGACCUCAGCCCUAGGUCGAAUGUUAGGGAGCAGGAUAGUUUCCUGCCGAUCGCGAAUAUCAGUCGGAUCAUGAAGAAGGCGCUACCGGCGAAUGGAAAGAUCGCCAAGGAAGCUAAAGAGACCGUUCAGGAAUGCGUCUCUGAGUUCAUUAGCUUCAUCACCAGCGAGGCAAGUGACAAGUGCCAGAGAGAGAAAAGAAAGACAAUUAAUGGGGAUGACUUGUUAUGGUCUAUGGUGACUUUGGGGUUCGAAGAUUACAUUGAUCCACUUAAGGUGUACCUGGCUAGGUACCGAGAGGGUGAUGCCAAGGCAUCAGCAAAGGGUGCAGAUGGAUCUUCUAGAAAUGAUGCAGUACAACCUAGUACUAGUUCACAGCUUGCUCACCAGGGUUCAUUUUCACAAGUCACUAAUUAUGGAAACUCUCAGUCACAAGCUCAGCAUAUGAUGGUCCCAAUGAGAGGCACGGACUAG